AUGGAUAUAAAUAUUGAAAUUAAAAAUGGAAUAGAUAAUAAUAAUGAUAAUAAUACCAAUAAUAAUUUAAAAGAAUUAACAAAUGAUCAAUAUUAUAUGGAUGAACAAGAGAAUAAAAUAAUAAUAUGUUUUAGUAAAAAUAAUGAUAAUAGUAAAAGUGAAACAGAUGAAUUGGAAAUACAAAAAAAGAAAGAAGAAUUUGUUUCCAUGUUUGGUAUAUUCGAUCAAGAUCAAAGUUUGCAAGAACCUUAUCAUUCUUUAGUUUAUCAAUUUUUUUGA